UUCAUCGCGGGUCGCAAGAGCGCGCGCGAGUACCUCUCUCCCUCUAUUUCUAUCCCUGUCUAACCCCGUGCCAAAGAGGAUAUAUUUAUACAGUAUCUACAGCCGUGUACACACGUAGCGCGGAGAGCGAGUAGCGUCUCUGCCAUGCGGCCCAGGCCUGCGGAAGCAUGCAGAAACCACUAAGAGAGCUGGGCCGUCUGUGCCUCGGUGCGACAGGCCAAGCCAACCACCCCGUGAUUGUGACGGAGGUGUGCACCGAGCCCCGCGGAGGACUACCACUACUCCAGGUAUGGCCCAGCGACUCACCCAGAGGGGAAGCCGAUGGCCAGGCCUUCGUCUUCCCCGACGUUCAGGACAACGUCAACGACAGCGGCAUCGAAUCCAUCCAGGCCUCGCCAUCGCCGACCUGCGCAGCCAACAGCAGCAGCAGUCCAGCCACGACGCCCCAGCAAUCCCGGCGACCCAGUCUUCUGCAUCCGGACCACGCGCGACUCCACCUCCACCACCAUCACCACCACCAUCACGAGAAGUCCGGCAAAGGCUACAUCUCGCCGGAUCGAACCUCCAUAGAUGAGGACCAGGAGUUAACCGGUAACAACAACGGCAGACAACAGCAGCAACCGCCCAGCCCGUCCAGCUCGACGACCAGCAGCCUUCGCAGUAUGCCCAGCUCGGCCGUCACCUCCAUGCACUCGCACGAACGUAGGCGUAGCAGCAGGUACAGCAUGUUCGACGCCCUGGAUCUGGAGUACGCCCUUCUCCGAGCAGCAGCCCGUGGCUCGGUGGGUCCGUACUCCCUGUCGGAGUCGCUGCACAAGCUGACCUUUACCCAGAGUCUGGCCUUCCCAGCUUUGGCUCGAGGCUUAGCCUCGAAACAGUCGGGUGUCCAGUCGGGGACCAGAAGACCACAGCAACACGGCGAGAGCGGUAUGAACGCGUUCGCCAAAGUCGUUACGGCUCUGGUCCUGGUGUUGGUCAGUGUUCUGGUCUUCGGUGUGGUGUACAAGUUCGUGAGGACGUGAGGAUGGCUGCUGGCGCCUACGGGCGUCACCGCUGGACGACUUCAGCAGGAGGUCGUCGGUGGUGAUGUCCCGGGUGCCAGCGAUUAUGGCGUCUUUGAUGAUCCUAAUUCAUGAGUUGCUUAUUAUUUUGUUGGAAAGGACUUGGCUCUAAUGUGUGCUGACUUUGUGUAGCUGAUCUGUAGUAUUGAGAGAUGGGUUAAUAAUAAUCAAGCUUUAGUAAGGAUAAAAAAUGGUAAAAGAAAAUAGCUUUUCGAUAUUACAUUAGGGGUGAAGCAAUUUUAAAACAGGUUCGAGUGUUUAUCAUAAUAAAUGCAUAAAGAUAUCAUGACUCUGAUAAAGUUUUAUUCCUAUAAUUUGCAUGAAAUCAAUCAACAAUUAUUUGUAGCAGACUAAUUUUCAACUGAUGCGAAGACGUUUUUGUACGCAAAACUCGCUUCCAAUUAACGAAAUACGUUGUAUACAAUCCCCAAACUGAGCCAUGUAUAUCUAAAAAUCAAUCGAUCGUUUCAAUUAUUAAUCAAACGAAACAACAAGUCUCUUGGAAAAGUUAAUACAAUCACGCAUUUGUUGGAAGAUGAACAAAAUUUUACAGUGUCAAAUACUGCUUAAUAUUUUAUCCAAAGCAAGGAUAUAACGUGUGUGGAAUUUUUUAAUCACACGAAAAUAAUUUUACCAUAACAAUCCUUUUUUGUAACGAUUACCUGUACACGACGAAUGUAAAUAUGUCGUACGAUUAAUCGCCGAUGACGGCGAUGUUUUGCGUUGCUCAAUUUUAAUUGUGAUUAUAUAAUAUAGAUGUUAGUCUAUAAGAUUAAAAGUUAAUACAGAUAUAUCUAUAAUCUAUGAGUAAAAUAUAUUAUACCAAAUCGUCAAUGUAAACCGAUUUUUCGAAAAAUGGUAAAGCUUUUUAAAAUGCUGUUUUAACAGUUAAAUAUUUUUAAACAUCGUAAAUAACAUAUUUUAUUGAAUCGUAAUAAACAAAAGAUUAGAGAGUUUCUUAGUGCUUGUCUGACGAAAUUUUAACUUAAAAAGAAUAUUGUUUCCAUAAAAGAAGUUAAAAUUAAUUAACCACAGUGACCAUUGAAAGAUCGUGCGAUGAUGUAUGGUGAAUGUAGUUCGCAUUUGCUUGAAAAAUAUGUCUGCAUUAAACUAACAUCGCUAGUGUUGUAUUUUAUAUAAAUGUAAGUCAAAUAAAUUUAUUCGAGGUAUUUUAUAAGACAAAGUAACAUUAUUGAACAAAAUAUUUAAGGGCAUUCAUGUAAUGAGUAAUCAUAUAAGUAUGACAUUAUAACACUAGAGAAUUAAGAAUCUCUAAAAAAUGUUGAGAGCACACGAAACUAAUUUAUUUUUAAAAACAAACAAAACACUCAGUAGAAAAACUCUAGUCUCAUUUAAACGAUCUUAAAAUACUGUCCGUACUUUUUCAUUCAACAAACUGAUACAAGCAAAAAUCUAAUUCUGAUCAGAAGUACCUUCGAAAAAUACUCAAAUUUCGUAGAACCUAUAAACACACGAGCCAAGCGAGCAAAAUACGAAAAACAAUACAAACGAAAGCGUAAAUACACUGCGACCUUCCUUUCAUGUACAUCGCGCGCGAGUAGUUUUUUGUAACGAAAACGUAAGUACGACGUCAACGUCGCUAAAUGCGAUUCGAGCGACUAGUAAUUCACGAAAGUGACACUCGGUACGAUACAGUGUAAUACACACAAGUAGUAGAAAACGAGGCUAGAAGUUCUGCCAGGCUAAUUCUCUUUACCUUGCCGUGUGCCUUUUGUCGCGCGAAAAGUCUCUUUGCGCGUUCUGUCUGACUGCACGAAAACUCAUCUACUUUUCUGCUAAUCGCGUCUGUCCUCGUAUUUCAAGCAGAUCAAUUUGUCGUUAUUUAUAUUACUAACUACAGCCGCACACCUUAUUGCGUACAAGUAUAAAGCUGACGUAUUCGAGUUAAUCGAUAUUGUGAAAAUUAUGUAAUUGAGAUUAAAAUGUGGAAUAUUAAUGUAGUAAUAAGCGUGUUAUUUGUAUAUAAAGAGCUUUCGACAACUUGUAGUUUCAAAUUGAGAGUAUUUGAUUUGAAGGUUUAUAAACGUUGAGUCAAUAAUUUAUACAAAGGAUAUUUGAAGGCUCGUCGUAAGCAACUUUUUCUACUACUUAGUUUCUGAUGAACUUUGAUAAACAUCGUAAUAGAAACCAAAUACAUUGUUGAAGAAUAAUGUGGAGUUAAUAAUAAAUGAUUAUCAAUUCAAAUAUAUUAUUUUUUACUGAUUUCUUUCAUGUAUUUAUGAUUGCAUAGAAUUUUGAGAAAAUAUAAUAUAAAAUAAAAAUCGAAAUCUUCGAAGAAAAUUAUUCCAAUUCUUUCUCACGUGUCGAUAAAGAAGAAAAUACAAUCUACAUGAACAAGAGAUAAAAAUGUAAUACAUUUUUUCUCAGAAAUGUAUUGACUGGUUCGAUAUUACAAAAAGACAACGUUGUGUAAAUCAAAUUAACUUUUCCUAAACCAAAGCACAGUUAAUUAUUGCUAUCUAUAACCGAUCGUAUAAUAAAAUAAAAUAUAGAAAACGUAUAUCCAAGUAUAGAAAAAUACCUCCUUCAAAGUAUUAUACAAAAUGAAAUAUAAUAUGUAUAUCUCCGCAAAAUAUGUAAACAAAAUUGCUUAUAUUUUUAAGCUCAUGGCAUGCGCAAAGCGAUACAUAGAUAGUAUGUCAGUAUAAUCGUCUGUAUAAAUUGUUCUUUUUUUAUGAAACAUAUAUAACAAUGAUGAAUAUAUUAAAAAAGUUUCAUAAAAUAUAAUAUGUAAAAAACAUUAGCCAUUUUGUUCUCGUCUGCCCCGAUAUUUUUGUAAACAUGCACUUUCAAAGCUGCACUUUUACGAAAAAAUGAUAUUUUUAAAAAACAGAAAUCAUAAUAAUUAAUAAAUCUUUGAAAAAAAAA